AUGUUUCUGUUUUGUUGCAGGAUAUUAAAACAACCAGGAAAGCUAGUUUUCUAUUUGUUUACUAUCAUGUUUUUGAUUGUGCGGGACUCCCAUGAGUUGGGUCCGUGCUUUCAAAAUUGCUUCGGGCCUGCUACUAGAAUUAAAAUAUACAACGACGUGUCCCAAGGGUAUCUCCACGUGAACGGCACCAGCGUGGUGGCCAAAGGAGAUGGUAUCAUAUACAAAAUUUCGGCCGGGAGAUAUUUCUACCUGUACGACAUGAAAGCGGAGAAGUUUAUCUGUUGGAAAAGGCCGCACAGAACAAAAGGUCUACGUCACAACCACAAUAGAAAACACAAAACGCACGCGUCUUUAGUAGCAAGGAAAGUAAGCAACAUGAAUUGUCAAUUCAUGGAUAAAAUCGACAAAGACACGGCAGGGGGUUACGUGAAUUUGGUGCCGGCGUUCAACAAGAGCCUCAAGAUGAAGUUCAACAUGCACGGUAAGUUCGUGUCGCAGGAGUGCGUGCAGCAGGCGGGGCCCGUCAGGCACCGGAACCGGUGCAUUCAGCAGGCGAAUUUCCUGAUAGAAGUGUACAGCGACGAUGGAUGCAAGUGCCCGGAGGCCCGGAAGCAUUUCUGCCGGUCGAAGUUCAGGAAGAUGAAGGUGUUCGAGAGCAUCUGCAGUCGAUCGAACGAGACCUACGAUUCUUAGGCGAAGCGUUCACGAGUAUUGUUCGGUUUUAGUUUAUUCUUUUUCGUGUAUUAUUUUUUGUGAAUAGGCGGUCAAAGUAUGGUAGAUCGCGGGUUUUCUGCUGGCGGUGUUGAUUUAAACUGCUCCACAAAAGUUAAGGAAGUUCGCAAAUUUUGCGAUUAUUUUAAAAGUUACACACUUUUUGAUCCCCAAAUUUUCAAAUAUGUGAAAUUAAAUGUUUUUUCUCAUGUCAGAGUGGUCAAAAAUCCUGCAACUUUUAAAUUAAUCUCAAUAUUUGUGAACUUCCUUAACUUUUGUGGAGCAGUAUAUUUAUUAGCUCCAAUCUGCUAGAAUGAUCGUACAGUUUAUUCAAUGUUCUAAUAAUUCUUUCUGCGCCCCUGCAAUCUAUCACUAUUUUCAUAAUUAUUUCCAAGUUGUGUAGAACAAUAAUUGUUAUUUUGUGUUUGUUUGAACA